AUGCCAUCCAGAGAUACUUCUAAAUGCGUAUCAAAUAUAUUAGAUAAAGUACUCAAUGAAUCUUCUAAUAAUUCUUUAGAGACUGGUGGAGGUUCUCAAUUGGCCGCCAAAUCCGAUACAAAGAAAAGAGUUGCAGCAACUUAUCAGCAAAAUUUCGCAGAUUUUAUCCCUCCUUUCGGUACAAACAACACCCAUCGCGCUUAUCCUCUGCGCAGUAAAUCAUCAACUUCUGAAUCAAAAACUUCUUCCACAAUGUCAUUUUCAACUAAUAAUAAACAUAUCCCAUUUAUGGAAUUUGCCGAUCCAAUUUCUACCACAAAACAAACCCCAUUUACCACCUCUUCACAGCAGAAAUUGGCACCACGGGAACCAAGAAUGCAUGCUCGAACAUCAAAUCGGACAAAAGAAGAGCCGAAAGGAUCAUUUCCUGUGAUUUCAUCUACAAAUAGUAGAAAACAUGUAAACAAUGUAAAAUAUCCUUGCGAAGUCCAUGCAAAAACUGUUCCCCCAACUCGAGGCAAGAAUAUCAUUUUAAUAUCCGAUGAUUCUGAUGGAGAGUGCGUUCCAAUUGAAACAUCAUCUGCUACUGCCACUUCAAACCCGGAGCAGAAUCAACAUCAACAAGAACAAAUAGAAAAUACACCAAAAUUGACCUCAAGUGCUACACUGCUAUUUGAAGAGGAGAGUGAAACUGAUAAUGGGGGUUGGGAUUUAGGAAAAGAGGAAAUCAAAGAAGAUUUAAGCCAAGAAGAAUUGGAUCUUGAUUUUAAUGUUGAGGAUGAUGAGCUUGAUCCUUGGAUGUAA